AUGGCAUUAAACGCGCAAGUAAGAAGUGUUUUCAGAUCUGGGUUAUUUUCAGACAAGGUUGCUAUCGUCACUGGUGGUGGAACGGGUAUUGGCCGAACUAUUACGAAAGAACUUCUCUUUUUAGGUUGUAAGGUUGUAAUUGCAUCAAGGAACGCAGAACGAUUACAGACUGCUGCUGAUGCCUUGAAGGCUUCUCUGCCUCAGGAUUCUACAGCAGCUAUUCAAGCUAUACAAUGUAAUAUAAGGAAAGAAGAUGAGGUGAAGGCGCUGAUGAAAACUACUGUUGCAAAUUUCGGCAAAAUCGACUUUCUGGUCAACAACGGUGGGGGUCAGUUUCUCAGCCCUGUCUCUAAAAUAUCUACAAAAGGAUGGAAUGCUGUGGUCGACACGAACCUCACAGGAACAUUUAUGUGCUGCAGAGAAGCUUUCCUCGCAAGUAUGGAAGAGAAUGGCGGAGUCAUAGUGAAUAUACUCGGUGAUUUAUGGAGAGGUUUUCCGUCAAUGGCUCAUUCGUGCGCAGCACGGGCAGGAGUUUUAAAUUUAACCAAGACAGCUUCUCUAGAAUGGGCACAUCAUGGUGUCAGAAUCAACUCAGUAGCUCCUGGUACGGUCUUUGGAAAGGAAGCUUCAGAGCAUUAUGGGAGCAAUAAGCUUUUUGAGCUAGCCAUUCCUGCCAUUCCUGCCAAGAGAUUAGGGACGCCUGAGGAGAUUUCAGCAGCCGUGACGUUCCUGCUCUCUCCCGCGGCUUCUUACAUCACCGGUGAGACGAUUAAGGUUGAUGGUGGAAGUAGUUUAUAUCAGCUUCCUCUUGGAUUCACUGUCAAGGACCAUAAUAACAUGCCGGCCUACUCGUGGGAUUCGGAGGAGGAAAGCGAAGGAGAAAUGGUGUCUGGAAAGCCUGUCGGAGAAAAGGAAACUGUCCAGUAACCCACUGAGGGAAUGAAGAAGAAUUUAAUUUAUGUUUUAAAAAAGGUUUUCAUAAUGAUGUGUA